CAACAACAACAACAACAACAACAACAACAACAACAACAACAACAACAACAACAACAACAGCAACAACAACAACAACAACAACAACAACAACAACAACAACAACAACAACAACAACAACAACAACAACAACAGCAACAACAACAACAACAACAACAACAACAACAACAACAACAACAACAACAACAACAACAACAGCAACAACAACAACAACAACAACAACAACAACAACAACAACAACAACAACAACAACAGCAACAACAACAACAACAACAACAACAGCAACAACAACAACAACAUCAACAACAA